AUGGCCUUGUCUUUACUAGAGUCAAACCCAAACUCAGGAAGAGUUGAUACAUUGGUGAAAAUUAAGGAUAGAGGCCAGUGGUCAAGUAAAGUUGAAUUUCUUCUGGCAGUUGCUGGACAAAUCAUUGGCCUAGGAAAUGUUUGGAGGUUUCCUUACUUGUGCUACAAGAAUGGAGGUGGAGUGUUUUUAAUACCAUAUUUGGUCUUCCUAUUUGCCUGUGGCAUUCCACUGUUUCUCCUGGAGAUAUCAUUGGGUCAAUAUACCAGUCAGGGUGGCAUCACCUGCUGGAAGAAAAUUUGCCCUUUGUUUCAAGGCUUGGGGUAUGGAACCAUGGUGGUCCUGUUGCAUUCCUGCAUCUACUACAUUAUCAUUAUGGCCUGGGCAUUCUUCUAUCUUUUUUCUUCUUUUAGUACUGAGUUACCCUGGGCUAGCUGCAACAAUUCUUGGAACACUGAACUUUGUGUUGAAUUUGAUAAAAAGAAGGAUUUUAACAACUUGACUAUACCAGAAAAUGCAACUUCACCAGUUCAUGAGUUCUGGGAGUAA